AUGUCGAGGCCUAAGAAAGAAAGAGGACUGGGUUUUAAAGACCUAAGAGCACAUAAUUUGGCACUUCUCGGAAAGCAAUUUUGGAGAGUCACCAUCAAUCCAAAUUCUCUGCUGUCCAGAAUGCUAAAAGGAAAAUAUUUUCGUUAUGCAUCCACACUCACAGCUGAUAAAGGAUCACAGCCUUCUUGGGGUUGGAAAAGUCUUUUAGAAGGAAGAAAAGUUGCGGAAAAAGGUAUUAGCUGGAGCAUAGGUUUGGGUUCUAAUGUUCGUAUAUGGUAUGACCCUUGGUUACCUCUCCCAUACCCAUUUAUUCCUAGUUACAGCAACAACAUAGGUACAGAAGUCUACUGGGUCAAGGAUUUACUUACAGUGGAUCGGCAAUGA